AUGCCAAACCUGGAGGAAAUAUGGAAAAGAAAAAGGGAGGAAGGAAAUGAAGAGGGAGCCACAAAAGAGAAAGAGGAGGAGGGGAAGAGGAGAACAAGCGGAUGGAUGUUUAGAGAAAGCAGCUGGACGGAGAGGUCACCCGAGAAGAAAAAAGAAAGAAGAGAAGGCGAAGGAGGAGUGGGUGAAAUAAAAGAGUUAAUAAAAGAUCUAGGAAAAUAUCUGGGAGAGAGGUUGGGAAGGGUGGAGGAGAAUAUGAAAGCAUUAGGAAAUGAAGUAAGAGGAGAAAUGGAGAAGCUAAAAGAAGAUACGAAGAGAAGAGAGGCCAUGUGGGCGGAACAAAGGAGAGAAAUGGAAGGGAAGAUAGAAAUGCUGAUAAAGAAGAUUGAAGAACUAGAGAAGAAAGGAGAAGAGGGGGCAAGAUGGAUAGAAAUAGAAAGGAAAGUGAACAAAACCGUGCAAGAAUCUAUAGAAAAAAGAAAAGGGGAGUUAGGAGGCUAG